AUGUAUGCAAAGCCAUCUGAUCAAUCAACAGUACAUUAUUUAUUUUGUGAUAGUAUAAAACCAUGUGAAAUCAUUAUUCAAUUGUCAGUUAUUUAUCAAUGGCCAUUACCUGCUGCAAAACAUUCAACUACAUCGACUAAUUCUCAUAUGCUUGAAACAGAAGAACCAAAUGAACAUAACAAUACACAAGUGAUACCGGUAACUAAUACAUCAACUUCAUUUAUUGGAGAUUAUACUAAUUUACAAUCUCAAAAUAAUUCCCCAGUUGAUUCUCAAUAUAAUAUGAAUCCAUCUGUACAGUUGUCAUCAUCAGCCUCAGCAUCAACAUCAUCUACUCAACUUCCAUCAUCCUUGUUAGUUGAAUCCUAUCAUUGGCAUCAAUCAAAACAAGGUGAUCCAAUUAAAUAUUUGGAAACUACUGGAAAUAGUUCUAUUUCUCUAUUAUUACCAUCUAGUCGUUAUUCUUAUAAGCUAAUUAUUACUGCACCAUUAGGUUAUUUCAUUACAAUUAUUGGACGUGUACGUUCAACAAUUUUGAAUAAUUCAAGUGAACAAUUUAUUGAGAAGCAUAUUUCUUCCAUAAAAACUAUUUCAUCUAUGAAUCUGUUAUUUGGUGAUUAUGAUUAUAUUUUAACAAAUGGUAUUAUAACAUGUCCAUUAUUAAUUAAAUAUUAUGCUAAUCAAUGUAUUGAUUCAAUGUUCAAUGCUGGACAAACAUUGGAACAAUUGAUCAAUUUAAUUGAAGCCUAUGAUAAACAAAUUCAUGAAUCUGUUGUUACUACUACUACUACUACUACUCAGAAUAUUAGUAAUAAUAAUAAUAAUACUGAAUUAGAGUUUAUAGAAAAAGUUACAAGUCUUCUGACAAAUUUAGAUGUUCAACAAAAUGAAUUAAAACAAUUAUUAUCAAUAUGGCCUAAUCAAAAAGCAAUUAAACCAACUUUAUUGUCAAUACUUCAACAUUUAGCAGAAAAUUCUGGAACACCAGAAAUGAAUUAUGCCUGGCGUAUAUUACAAACAGAUUUUACAACAAUCAAUCCAUUUCAAGUAGUCUAUGGUCAUGAAACAAUUUCAAAUCCAGCUCCUUUAGUUGUAACAAAACAAAAAUCAAAAGUCACUAGUUCACGUGUAGAAAAAACUAAUCCAACUGUUAAAGCUACUGCAGUUGAAGAGUCAUUUAUCAAUCGCUGGAAUCGACCAGUUGACCCCGAUAUGUUAAUUGCUAUAGUACGUAUACAAUCAUUAUAUCGUGGUUAUCGUAUUCGGAAUGCCAUACGCUUAAGUCAAACAAAAUAUAUUAUAGAAACUUUAUUAUCGAUCGUGAAUUUUCAACAUCACUCAAAUAACAGUAAUGAUAAUAAUAAUAAUAAUAGCAGUGUUAUAGAGAAAUGUGAAUUCAAACUCAAUCGUUUUAUACAAAAAAGAAUUUUGCAAAGAAUUAAACGUUUAUCUACUGGUUGGAUGAGUUGUUUAAAUCUAUUACAACAAGGUCAACGUCAAUCUGAGGCGGGAAAUAAACUAAUUGAACGAUUAGUUGUUACCAAUUCCAGAACUAGUGAUAAUAAUAGUAACUUUAGUAUACAAAGUAAAUCCCAUAAAGAUAUUGAUUCGUAUUUAAGUAGCAAAGAAUAUUCUGGAACUUGUUCUGAAAUUCCAUCCCCAUGUCCAAUGCAUAAUACAGGAUCUCAAUUAAUCGAUAAUGACAAAUGCAAUAAUAAUCCAUUUCAUAAAGAUUGGAUUCAUUUAUUAUUUCGUGAUUGUAUUUAUCCAUCGAAAUUAUUGAAAAAUGAAUGCAUCAAUCAUCAGGAGGAAGUGAAAUAUUCAAUUCGACUGAAAAUAACCAUAUCGGAUAGUUAUAUUUUAUUGGUAAAUAAUGAUAACGGUGAAAUUAUGCGUCCAUCCAUUGAAUUUCCUUUUAGUUGGUUUAAUCUAAAUGAAAAUAAUUAUGGAUAUAGUUUAUUAGGAAUAGUCAAUACUACUACUAAUAAUAAUACUAGUAGUAUUAGUUCGGUACCAAUUACAAGUGGAAAAUGGAAUUUACAAAUACUUGGACCAGGUAUAAUUACCAGUGAACAACUUCCUAAACCAUUGAACAUGAAUUCAUUGAAUUCAAAUUUCUCUACCAUUGAAUUAGAAGAUUAUUAUGAACCGAAUGAUAAAAAUUUAUUAUUUCGACGUAGAAUUAUUGUUAAUAAUAAUGACAGCUUGUUAACAAUUCAUUUACGAUUAUCUAUACCGAAUGUAUUCACUCGGUUAUGUAUUAAAAUGGGCAAUAAACAAUUGAUAUCAGCUGAAGGUUAUGGUGGUGCUUGUAUUUUUGCUUAUCUAUUCAUGGAGAAUAAAACAAAUCAACAACAACAUUUGAAUUCAACACAUUUAUUAGAUGUGACAAAUAAAGUAGAUAAUAUGAAAUUAAAUUUAAAAGAAAUUACAAAUUCAAAAAUGCUAACCAAUAAAUUAAACAAUACUUCAAGGUUAUCACCUAGACGAUCUGCAACUAUGAAGAAAAUUGUAAAACCUGGAAGUAGUUCGGGCAGUUCAACUAGUGGUAGCAGUACAACUGGAAGUGGUCAAAGUUCCAGUAGUAUUCAUAGUGCUAAUAGAGAACAACGACAAAAUCAACAAUCUGAACUAUCACCAACUAUUAAUUUACCAAAGUCGCAUAGUUUAGACAAUCAAGGCGAAGAACAAACACGGGAAGAAGAACAAUAUUAUUGGAUUGAAGCUUAUGUUGAUAGUGAAAAUUGGCCAUUAAGUAUAAGUAAUUGGGCAUUUUUAGAAGAACAACGUUGGAUUAAACUUGAAGAAUGUCAAGUAAACAAUACUACUUCUCGAAGUACUUCAGCUGAAAGAAGUUCCGAUAGCAGAACUAUUAAAUCAGCAACUAAAUCGUCUGGAAAUAAAACAGCCGGAUUAUCGAAUCAAAAGUCAGGUUCCACACGUAGUGCCUCAGCAAAAAUCGAUUUCAACCAAGCUCAUUGGAAAAUGCGAAUUAUAUGCAAUAAUCCUAAUGAUAUUAAAAUUAUUAAUACAGAAAAUAAAAUCUCGGAAAUUAAAGCUUUAAAAAGAGCAUGGGAAGAAAUGGAACCUGGUCGAGCAAAAAGAGCUGAAUUGUCAAGAGCAAAUUAUCUUCAAGAAUACGGUCUAUUCAAUGAUAAAUUGGAUAAUAAAACUAUUAUGGAUGAUACAGAAUCAGUGGUAACAGUUAAAUCCGACGAUAGUCAAAUACAAAUUAUCAAAGAAGAUUCAUCCAUAGAGUUGACAUCAGACCCAGCGAAAAUUUAUGUUUUAACAUUCCCGCAAGAAUUAAAUCGUACAAUUAGUCAAGUGAAACCAAUGGAUUUAAACAAAUUCUAUCAUAAACCAAAUGAAAUUGAAUUGAAACGAAUUAAAGAAGCGGAAAAUUUAAUUGGUCCACAUACAGAUCAAUGGUUUAUUGUUAGACAAUAUUUAAAACAAAUGAAUUUAUUAUCAAGUAAAGAUUUAGAUAAAAUAUUGAAAAUUAAACGUGAAAUAUUUGAUGAAUUUAUGAAAAAAUUAGAAAUUGAAUGCAUGAAUUAUAAACAGAAACGUAGUCAAUAUCAACAAGAUUAUAUUGAAAUGUUAAAAACCAUUCAGUUUUUAAAUGAUGAAGCACAUUAUAAAUACUAUGAAACAUGUAUGACCUACAGAAAUAAUAUCAUUAAACAAUAUAAAAUUGAAAAAGAAUUACUAUCAUCAUUGAAUCAAUCAACUAUUGAACCUUUAACAGAAUCAGCUGUUGUUGCUCCUGUUGUAGAAGAGUGCAAAAAACGUGAACGAACAAAAUCAUCAAGAAGUCAAAAAUCCGGGUCGAAAAGUCGAUCAAAUUCAAGUAAACGAAGAAAAUGAAAAAACUGUCGAUUAUAUUUUUCUUAUUAUGAUUAUAAAACAGUG